CCCCUUCCUUCCCCAACUGCCCAGGAUGCGCGAUGCCUCCCUCAGAAUCCGGCCCUACAUAACCUCGGACGAGAAAGCUGUAAGGUUGUUUAUUGGUAGAGCCCUCAUGGAAGGUCUCGCUGAGGCUAAUAGGCGAUCUGCUUUCCAUCCUAUCACGUUGGCGUUGUGGCUUGCUUUGUCGGCUAUAAUGACUCAAUCAUUGGGAUGGGGGCCAAAACCCGAGUUCGGCUGGGCAGGCUAUUUGCUUCCCUUGCCUGCAUUUGGAUGCUGGGGUAUAGCUCUUUUGUAUCUCCUAGACUGGAAUAACAGACCAUCUUUCGAGGAGCACACGGCAGCAGUCCUUCGUCGUCCCGAUCUUCGUAACAUACUCGACCAUUAUUCAAAAACGCCGCCGUCUUCAUUUUUCAUCCUUGAGUUCAACGCGAAGAUUGUCGGAUUUAUUGCCGUAGACGCAUUGGGCGUUGAUCAAGACUCUAACCCCGAAGCCAACACAAAAGACCGGCUGAAGUCCGAUUCUCGGUCAGCAAAAAUUCGGCAUUUCUUCGUCGACGAGCCCUACCGGAAAACCAAUAUCCAAAAUGACCUGAUGAAGCACGCCUUACAGCAUACGUUCCAUGAUGAACACAAUAUUCGAGAGGUACAGAUCGAGUCUUCAGUGCUGAAUGGCUACGUACGACAGUCAUUGAUCGACAUUGGUUUUAAACAUGGAAACACCAUAAGAAAUGUCGGGAUUUACGGCUGGGCAGUCCAACUUUGUACGUUAUCGCGGGCAAAAUGGAGAGAGUGCUGCCUUUCCACGACCUGAAUGCCACAUCGGCAACAGGGAACGUUUAAAUGUUAUAUAUAGUGUAGUUCCAUACGUUCUCUGCCGUAUUUCGUCCUCUCUGCCGUUAUGUACAGUGAAUUUACUUACUGUAAC